AUGGAAACUUCAUUCGAGAGAGAGGUCAGCAACAAGUCGGCUUCCCUAGAAGCAGAUCUGAAGAAUAUGCCAGGCGAGGGCGAUCUGAAGGACAUGCCGGGUGAGGGUGAUCUUUCUCCAACUGUGGGUAAGUUCAAUAACAGCAGUAUGUGGUACAAGCAGCCUGCCAGAAGCACGUUUUCUGAAGAUCACCAGAAGACAGAUGAGAAAGAGCUUGAUCAACCCGCCGCGGUCUUCGGAAGUUCUCUUGAUGCAGAAGCAUUCGAUUCUGUCAAUCCGAGCGUAACGUUGCCAAAGACCGUGACUUCAUCAGAAAAUGAUACAACAACGAGUAAAUCAGAGACUGAAUCUGAAGAUGCAUCUUUAACACCACAACCAAGCGCAUCCAUUACUUGGGCCAACCCUGCUCUUUACAAAGUCAUCGCCUACGACUCCAGCAAAGAUAGCAUUACUAUCACUACCACACCUUCCAACUUCUCGGAAAGCGAGGACCCUAUUUCAAUCCCUCGUGCUGUCUCUCAGCUUUCCCAGACAGCUCGUUUCUUGCCGCAUCUUGCAUCAUCACAGAACGAAGGUUUCCAGGUGAUUCACGCAGAGAAAGACUUCUUGAUACUGCGAAAAGUCUAUACGGAUCCCCAUUCUCAACCUCCAUUGUAUGAUGGCGAUAUCAAUCCUGUAGACGGUACCACAAAGUUUAUUCCAAUGGAGCCGGCUACUGCACGUUUCGCUUCUCCUACGGGUUUUGUCAACUACGAACCUAUUUUUCCAACGGAACCUGUCCGUGAGCACGCAGACGCAUCGAACUUAUCAUCCAAUACUCCAACCCAUGAGCAUUCGAAGAUCCAGCAGCAAACAUAUCAUCCAAAUUCGCAUGACUUUGCACAGCCUUGUGAGAGACGGUACGCACGCUCAUACGAGAAAUACCGCAGGGAAAAGCCUCGUCGCUGGCGUCGUCGCAUCGCUUGGGUUCUGAGUGUCGCUACAGGCACAGCAGUAUCUACAUAUGUUGUCGGAGUCUCUGGUGAGCUUGCUCGACCCGAGAAGUAUGUUGUGCAAUCAGCAAAGUAA